CGCAAUGUUCUACGGACGCGGAAGCGGAGAGACCAACCUGGGUCACCACGGAGAGCUGAAGUCACUCUUCGGUCAACCUCUAAAGACUCACAUUGCCUGAGGAAGAAGCCCAGAAGAGGAGGAAGAGGAAAGAAAAGGAGUCAGAAAUGGCUCUUUCUCAGGAACAGUUGACCUUCAAGGAUGUGGCCAUUGAAUUCUCUCAGGAGGAGUGGGAAUGCCUGGACCCUGCUCAGAGGGCCUUGUACAGGGACGUGAUGUUGGAGACCUACAGGAACCUGGUCUCCCUGGAUAUCUGUCAUAUAUAUGUAAUGAAGAAAUUACAACCUAAAGUGAACAGUGAUGGAGGAGAAGUAUUCCAAACAGUGAUGUUGGAAACAUGUGAAAGCCGUGAAAUAAGAGAUUUUUACUUCAAGGAAAUCCAGGAAAAUAUGCAUGUCUUUGAGUAUCAGUGGAGAGAUGAUGAAAGAAAUUGCAAAGGAAUGCCUAUAACCUGUAAAGAAAAUCUCACUUAUAAAAGAAAUCAACAUUGGAAAAGGGAUGCAGGAAACAAGCCUGUUGAAAAUAGGCUUGGAUCAAGCUUUCGAGAUAAACUGCUGAUAUAUCAAACUGAAGGGAAAAUUUAUGAAUGUAAUCAAUCUGUGAAGUCUACCAACAGUAGAGGCUUAUUUUCAAUACUUGAAAGAAUUACUCCUAGUGUCCAGGCCAACAUUUCUAAUAUAUAUGGGAAUGAUCUUAUCCAUCUUUCAGGACUGGCACAGGAACAGAAAGCAUACAAGGGAAAACCUUACAAAUGUCGUCAGUUUGGCAAAAUGUUUCGUCGGGGCUCAUACCUCACUAGACAUCAGAUAAUCCACACAGGAAAGAAAUCAUACAGAUGUGAUGUAUGUGGCAAAGUCUUUCGUCGAAGUUCACACCUUGCAAGUCAUCGGACAAUUCAUACUGGAGAGAAACCUUACAAAUGUAAUGAGUGUGGCAAGCUCUUUAGUCAAAAAGCACACCUUGGAAGUCAUCAGCGAAUUCAUAGUGGAGAGAAACCUUACACAUGUAAUGAGUGUGGCAGAGCCUUUACUCUUCGCUCAAAUCUCAUCAGACAUCAGAAAAUUCAUACAGGAAAGAAAUUAUAUAGAUGUGAUAUAUGUGACAAAGUCUUUAGUCGAAAUUCACACUUUGCAAAUCAUCAGAGACGUCAUACUGAAGAGAAACCUUACAAAUGCAGUGAGUGUGGCAAGGUCUUUACUCAAAAUUCACAUCUUACAAGACAUCAGAGAAUUCAUAGUGGAGAGAAACCUUACACAUGUAGUGAGUGUGGCAAAACCUUUAAUUUUCACUCAAACCUCAUUAAACAUCAGAAAAUUCAUAUAGGAAAGAAAUUAUAUAAAUGUGAUGUAUGUGGCAAAGUCUUUAUUAGAAAUUCACACUUUGCACGUCAUCAGACAAUUCAUACUGGAGAGAAACCUUACAAAUGCAAUGAGUGUGGCAAGGUCUUUAGUCAAAAUUCACAUCUUACAAGACAUCAGAGAAUUCAUAGUGGAGAGAAACCUUACACAUGUAAUGAGUGUGGUAAAGCUUUUAGCCAAAGUUCAAGCCUGGUUGACCAUCAGAAAAGUCAUUCUGGAGAGAAACCAUAUAAGUGUUUUGAAUGUGGCAAGGCCUUUAAGCAAUGGUAUUACAUCAAGAUUCACCGAAGAAUUCACACUGGAGAGAAACCGUACAAAUGUGACGUGUGUGGCAAAGCCUAUAUCGCUCUUUCAAGCCUAACUAAUCAUCAGGUAAUCCAUACUGGAGAGAGACCUUACCAAUGUAAUGAAUGUGGGAAGUCAUUUAGGCAACAGUCUGAAAUCAGGAUUCACCAAAGAAUUCACGAUGCAGAGAACCCUUUCAAGUGUAAUGAACGUGGCAAAGCCUUUACUCAGCGUUCAACUCUCACUACACAUCAGAUAAUCCAUAAAAGAGAGAAACCAUGUAAGUGUGAUGUAUGUGGAAAGGUCUUUAGUCAAAAAUCACACUUUAAAAUCCAUCAGAGAAUUCAUUCUGGGGAGAAGCCAUACAAGUGUCAUGAGUGUGACAAAGCGUUUAUCGUGCGUUCGAGCCUCACUUCCCAUCAGGUAAUCCAUACAGGAGAGACAGAACAUAAAUGUGACGUGUGUGGCAAGGGCUUCAGUCAAAAUUCACACCUCGUGACUCACUGUAGAGUUCACACUGGAGAGAAGCCUUACAAAUGUAAUGUGUGCAGCAAAGCAUUUAGUGUGCGAUCAGGCUUAACUUCCCAUCAGGUAAUCCAUACAGGAGAGAAACCACAUAAAUGUAACGUAUGUGGCAGGGGCUUCAGACAGACUUACCACCUAGUGAAUCACCAGAGGACUCAUACAGGAGAAAAGCCUUUCAAGUGUAACGAAUGUGGCAAAACAUUUAGCGUGCAGUCAACCUUAACUUCCCAUCAGGUCAUCCAUACGGGAGAGAAACCACAUAAAUGCGCCGUGUGUGGCAAGGGCUUCAGACAAAGUUCACAACUCGUGACUCACCGUAGGAUUCAUACUGGAGAGAAACCUUACAAAUGUAAUGAGUGUAACAAAGCAUUUAGUAUGCGAUCAACCUUAACUUCCCAUCAGGUAAUCCAUACAGGAGAGAAACCAUUUAAAUGUGAAGUAUGUGGAAAAUUCUUCAGUUACAGGUCUCACCUUGUGUAUCAUCGGAGAAUUCAUACUGGAGAGAAAACUUCACAGAUGACUUGAUUGUGGCAAAGCCUUUAUUUUGCGUUCAGGCCUAUCUUACCAUCAGGUAAUCCACACUGGUGAGAGACAUUACAAAUGUAAUCAGUGUUGCAAGGCUUUUAGAAGGUGUUCACUCCUUAGGCUUCAUGA